CCCCACUUUCGGUCCUGGGGGGCACCGGCACCUAGCGCCAGAAACCCCCCACCACGGUUGGGACGGUAUGGCGCCUUUCUCCAACUCCCUAGCUCUCCAGGGAAACCGGCCGCCUCUCAUCGCGGGGGGGAGCAUACCCAGGGUGCAAAGCGGAAGCGCAAUCCCGAUGAGAGGGGGGGUAUGGGACAUGCCGACAUUCCCCGGUGAUAACCGAGUGUUUUCCAACCCAAACCCGGGUCAGCUCCCACGGUCAAGCGAUAACCAAGGGGGUUCCCAGGAGCGCAGCGGGGAAAUCAAUCAGACUAUGCGGACGAGCCAGGACUUCAGCGGGUCACUGGACGCGCGCAAGGGGUCGAUGAGCGAUUCGCCAACGCCGGAAGUACAGGCAAGCGGGUCCGUUCCGCGCAGCACCGGGGGCCAGAGCAUGAUGAACACGGGCUCCCAACAGAGCGACCGCUUCAGAGCCCUCAGCGGGGGGCCGCAGCAGGCCACGAGCUCCGAGCAGCAGGGUAGCGCUCAACGGUACAACGCCGGGCAGAGCGCGAACUGGACACCUGUCAGCGGCGCGCCAGCUGUCAGCAGCGACAUGCACGCGCCCAAGGAGCCGGUGCGGGGCAAACGGACGCGCUCUGUCGAGGAGUUUGCUGGGGAGCCGGCGGUAAAGAGGGGGCGGUCGGAGGAGCAAGGGUCCCAGGAGAUCUCCCCCCGGGGGAGAAGCGGACAGGAGGGGGAUCCCCCUCCGGCUGCGGCUUUGGACGGGCGCACGGACUUCCACAUUAUCAACUCCCGGACAGAGGCGCCUCUUCACACCAAGGUCCCCUUGGACGUCCUGGGCCACGUUGCAGUAGGUGUGAAACCCCCCCAGGAGACCCGUACGGGUAGUAGCGGGCUAGGCACGGAGGGUAUUCACAGCGGAGAGGAGAACCGCGUGAGUGCAAUUAUGGCGGAACUGGGGAACAUGAGCAAGGACUACGUGUCAGCUCUGGCGAGCUCGGGGCUGUCCGAAAUCGGUCCGAGCAGCGCACAGCUUCCUGUGAGCAGUGUUCCGCCGUCCGCCGGUCCAGUAACGAGCGCGGUGGGGCCUGCCGACGUCAAGCCAGCACAACCUUCAACAGUUCUACGACCUCCCCAAUCGUACCUUCCCCCCUCUGCCUGGGUGAGAAGACUGCAGCCGACAUCCGCGCCCUCCGGAUCAAGGCCCCCAGUACCGUCUGACCCGGCGCCAACUUUCAGGCCGCAAGCGCCAGCUGUCAGGCCGCAAGCGCCCGCUGGUAUGCCAGCGGUCAGGGGCGGUGCGCAACCAGCGAGGACUGGGGGCCCUGAGGCGGCUGCAGAGAGGGGAGUGCGGCCUCGUCAGCAGGCGCCGGAUCGCCAUGCGGAGGUCCCAAGCAUGAGCGUCUCGGGAAUGUCGGGUUGGGAGCGCGGCCAGGCGUUCGGACGACAUUUCGGACCUGAGCCGUCGUUUGGGGGCCAGACAAUGCGCUAUUUGAGCGGGAGAGAACCUAGUGCCGGCACAAGCUUUGCCAGCUUUGCGGUGCCAGUUUACCGAGGCUCUGAUGCGGGGGCCAGCCUCAACAACUUUGAACACCCCACCGGCCUUCCCUUCAACCCCUUUCAGCGCCCUGGGCCCCGUCCCUUCCAAAGCCCGCCCUCCCAUCCCCAAAGAACCUCUCCGACCCGCGCCUCUGAUGCGCUGACGUCACCCGCGGGGCCUGCUGACUUCAGCCACCGAGCCCGGGGUAUGCACCCGCUGCACAACUGGCGGUCUAUACCGGAGUACGAACAGCUGAAUGCUGGCCAAGGGGGGUGGGGCAAUUCUGUAAAUUUUGGGGCGUUUGAGCGGCAGGGAGGUCCGGAUCCGGAAGUGGCAAACUUCCAUUUCGGGGGGUAUGCGGCGUAUCCAGAGGGCGAUCAUAACCGGCUGGCAGCGGCAAUCAGAGAUGCGACGGCGAGGCGAGAUGGGCUGCGAGCCGCGCCCGGGGGGGAUCCCCCCAUCAAACACGGCAGGUCGCUGAAGAUCGAAGACGAUUCAAAGGCAGGUCCUGACACGUCGCUGCUACCGGAAACGCCGACUGGCGAGGACGUCGAACCGAAGCCCGCGCUAGAGUCGUCCGGAGAGGGCGUUCCGGAACCUGUCCGUUCGCCGGAGCCCGUUACCCUUCCAGGGGGGCCGCCGGCCCAGCCUGAUCCGCUCCCUCUCGAAACGCUCCCGGGUGCAGUUACCCCCCCUGGCGCUCGCCCCGAUCUGGUGCCAAAUCGGCCGCAGGACAGCCCCCCCGAAGCUCUGAACAACGAGGACAGCUUCGGUACGAAAAGCGGUAGUCCGUCCGCUGGAGUGGUCCCCAACUUUGGGGGUUUAGCGCAGGGUUUGGAGGAGGGUUUAGCAGCGGACCAGGCUCCGGGCAGGAUCGUCGGGGAAGGGACGGAGCUACAGCAGGCGUUGGCGGACGAAGCAAACGGGUUGAGUGCGCACCUGACGGCAAAACCGUCCAAACCCCACAUCCAAUCGAUGCCGCUGAUCGAUCUCCCGGAGGGGGGCAAGCCCGCCCCUGAAACGGCCCCCCUGCCGUUCCGGCCGUUUGUGUCGAAGCUGAUUGAGGGGUCCCGGGGGGGACCGUUUGCGGUUGCGGCGAAAGGGGUUAGCGGAACCCGGGAGGGGUUAGCCGGUAAUCGGGAAGCGGCGCUAGAGCAGGCGACGAAGGCUGACGAGGGCGUCGGGGUUAAGGGCAUGGGAAAACGGGUUGCGAGUAAAGGGGCGUGGAUGGAUCGGCUAUUCCAGCAAGCAACGGGAACCGCGGUCAGGAAGAAGGAUGGGGUUGAGGAGAAUAAGGGAGAGGAUGGGAAGGAAGCGGGGAUGCGGCGGGAGAGUUCGCUCAAGAACUUGGCUGACAUGGAAGUCGAUCGAGCUCCGGUCUUGACUCCUACGGACACCCCGCAAGUGUCGGGUGGUCUCUCCAACAUGUGCCGCUCCCCUUCCAACCCAAACAUCCAGCACUUCCCCCGAAAAGAACCAAUUUCUCGGCCGGGGGGUAAGACCGCCUUUAUUGCGUCUACUCUCCAAGCCCCCUGGAGCAACUUGGAUCUUGCACAAGCGCUGGGCGUGACCGGGGGGGUCGAGUUGGCCCGAGGAAUGACCCCCCUGGCGGGGUUGAAGGGGCCAUCUGGUAUGAAAGUGACGGGCGGAGGGAAAGACGGGUCCGGAAAUAGAAGGGGGUCUCAGAGCAGUGCAGACUUUGCGGCGGCGAUGGCGGCGGUUCGGGAGUGGAGAAAGGAGUCCGCACGGUAUAGGGCGGGGCUGAUUGCGGAGAGCCCGAUUCUAAGAGAGGCCAUGGCGCUGGGGGAGAUGCGCAGACUGACGUGUCUGUUUUGUGGGUUGAGGGGGCAUACCGUGUCGGAGUGUUCGGAGACCCCCCGAAACGAGCUUGCACAGUUGGAGGCGCGAGCGGUUUCCUGGGGGGGGGGUGACGUGGAGUCUGAUCGGAGGAGGGGGGCCGGGGCGCAAAGUCCGAAGGUUGAGGUGCGGUGUUUGCUUUGUCAAAGAAAAGGGCAUUGGGGGGUGGAUUGCCCGUUGUCCCUCCGAGAGGCCCAUGUGGUGGCGACGGACGAUGGGGGGGGUAACGCUGGAGUGCGGAGUGGGGCUGGCGUUACGCCGGCCGGGAAGAAACGGACACGGGAAGGAGGUUUAGCAGAGUCGCUUUCUCCGGAGAAAAAAGAGAGUCCUGACAAGGGGAAACGGAUGGGAUCUGUACAGAGGAGGGACGGCGAAAGGGGUGCCGAUUUACGGGACGAGGAAGGAGAGGGCCGGUGCUACGGGGGCGCGAGCGGGGGGGGGUACGAGGGUAGCAAAGAGCGGAGCAAACGAAGCUCGCACUCUGCGUAUAAGACGAGUAGCGGCGCCAAGGAUCGGGACGGGGGGUUGGGGAAGGGGAAGCACGACCCGAGGGGGAGUCCCCUGGAAGAGCAGCUGGAGCGUGUUCACAUGGGCGGGUUGGCAGGGCACGGAGACGGUGUGAAAAGGCAGCCGGAUGUUGGAUACGGAAAGAAUGUGCAAGGGAAGCGCACCGGUGGUUCUCCUCUGGGGGAAGAAAAGGCCGUUCGACAGCGAGGGGGCUUCAACGAUCCACGUUUGGGGGGGCGGGGAGAGCUGGCAAACGUCCCCCCCACGGAGCUCCUGGAUGCUCUGGAGGGGGCCCGGCUGCCGAGAAGGGAUUUGGUGCGGUGGGCGGAGCAAGAAGGGUUCGAGAAACGAGUCGAAGGUUUCUUCUUGAGAGUGCGCUUUGGAAGGCGCGCCCAGGAACAAAACGGCAGCGGUUACCGCAUUGCGCGCAUCGUCAACGCUGUGGCAAAGUCUGAUCAGGGGCACUUGAUCCUCACGCUGACCGUUGAUCUGGGCGACGGAGAGUGCAUUAUUGACGGCCAGUAUGUGUCCAAUAAAGCAUUCACGAAGGAGGAGCUCGAUCACUGGUGUCAAGUCUCGAGGGACGGUUCCAGCAUGGCCGUUACCUUGCCGCUGCUCCGACAAAAGGCUGCAGAGAAGGCCACGUGGCCAGAUGUUUGAUGCGCGUGCGAGCUGCAUAUGCCGUUUCGUUUUCCGUGACGAUCAUCUGUUGCAGUCACCUGAGUCGAAAGUUUGCUGCAGCUCUUUUUCUAGCUCAGACCGUUGUUUUGAGCUUGGGACGGGAAUCCAUGAAGAACGCCUCACAGUACACAAUUUUGUGGUUACUGGACGUUUGGGGGCCCGUCCCUGAUGAUAGGAAGGUAUGAGAUAGGGUUUUGGUGCUUGUGACCACGGCUGAAAAGGAGAUCAGGGUACAAAGAAGCGCGCGCGUAGUCAUUAGAGAACAACAUGGUACUUGGAGUCGGACUCAGUUUUGUUGUGGCCGAGCAUCGCAACAUCAGUCAAAAGGAUUGGUGUUGCACGUGAUUAAAGUGACACUGCAUUCGAUGUAACAUGUCAAACACCGACGAAUUGAACGUAUUGAGUCCGAUUGUUGAGGCUUGUACUCCGCAAAAUCUACCUGCAAUGAAUCGAUCAG